GAGAGAGAGAGAGAGAGAGAACCAGGGGCACGAUGCCGAAGCGACAGGGUCGAUCUCGGCGGCUGGUGCAGCUGGCCAAGCGCCGGAAGGAGGCUGCCGAGGGAGAGGUGGCGCCCGAGGCGUUGCGGGUUUCUGACCCGCCGGAGAUUCUGCGUGGUGAACCCUGUUUUGUCGAGUACUAUUUGCAGCAAGGUUUGCUGGAUGAUCGCGAGUGGUCGGCAUUUAUGCGGGCUUUGCGCCAGCCGCUGCCCGUCACCUUUCGCAUCAACAAGGCCAGCGCUCGCCCUGAACUUCUUCAGCCUUGUCUGGAACAAAUUGAGGCAUUGAUCCAGGAUCCGUCCAACGAGCUACAGGCCAACGCGCCACGCGCCUUGGGCUGGAUCGACGCGUGGCAACUUGGUUGCGCCUCCCAGAGCCUCAAGUUUGCAACCGAGCCUGCCAUGCAGCGCCUGCGUCAAUGGCUGGCAGAGUUUACCGCCCUCGGCGUCCUCUCACGUCAAGAGGUCGUCUCCAUGCUCCCAGUGGCCUUUUUGAACAUUGAACCCCAUCACAGAGUCCUGGACAUGUGCGCCUCCCCCGGAUCCAAAACCACCCAGGCCCUAGAGGCUUUGCAUGCGCAGGGUAACGCCUCGGGGUUUGUCAUGGCCAAUGAUGUCGAUGCCAAGCGAGCAUACAUUCUCGUGCGUCGCCUUGCCCCACUCGGCCCAGCCUGUCAGAAGCUGGUGGUCACACAGCACAAGGCGCAAAAGUAUCCCAGCCUGAGCCACGAGCGCGAGGACCGCUACCUGCGGGGCUCCUUUGAUCGCAUCAUCUGUGAUGUGCCCUGUUGUGGAGAUGGCACGCUUCGCAAAUCUCCAGACAUGUGGCGGCGCUGGCACCCCGGCUUUGCCAUUGGCCUGCAUACGCUUCAGCUCCAAAUUGCCAUGCGCGGCCUCAGCCUGCUGCGGCCCGGGGGCAUCAUGGUGUACAGUACCUGUACCUUCAACCCGCUCGAGGAUGAAGCGGUCGUGGCCGCCCUCUUGCAAAAGUGUGGUGGCGCUGUCGAGCUCGUCGAUUGUAGUGGCCGGCAUCCAGACCUAGCACGGCGCCCCGGUGUCUAUUCAUGGAAGGUAUAUGACGACGAUAUGCGCGAGUUUCCCGACUUUGCAGCCACUCAGCAUGACUCGGUUUCACCCAACACACGCAAGAUCAUGCGCCCCACCAUGUUUCCCCCCUCGCCGGACGUGGCCGAAUCACUAUGCCUUGAGCGCUGCAUGCGAUUCUACCCCCACCUCCAAGAUACGGGCGGCUUUUUCGUUGCUGUCCUGCGCAAAACAAAGCCGCUGCCCGGUCCGCCAAGCCCCAUCGCUGAUGCUGACCCUGCGCAGUCGGGGCCUCUGCGCGAGCUAGAGCCACCCCACCAGCCCGCUAGCCUGGCACAUGUUCCGGCUCGAGACUCGAGCUCCCUAGCUCUGCUUGUCAAGGAGGGUGCGGCUUGUGUGGCCAGGUUUGCGGGCCGCAACGUGUUGAGCAUCAAACGCAAGCCUCUGAAAAUGCUCUUGGCCAACGUCAAUGCAUGGAUGCCUCUCGCCAAGCUGGACCUGUCCACACGGCGUCUCAACAAGUUCAGCACUGGCACGCUGCCGCGAUCCUUGGCUGGUCUAUACCUUGAGGGCUCACUCGAGCAGUUGCCCUUGGCCGACAUCUUGUGUCAUGGCUACCUGUACAAAAAGGGGGCCAAGAAUCCAGCUUGGAAGCGCCGCUACUGCACGCUGGAUCGUAAUGGCAUCUUGCGCUACUACAAGCACGAGACCGAUGAGGCACCGCAAGGGUUUAUCAAUCUGCACGAUCUCAUCAAUACCGAGCUCGUCGUAACGGGCACCUUUAAUCGCAAGCGCCGCUUUCCAUUUGAUAUUGUCACAACUACUCGUGUGUGGCACAUGGCGGCGGAAACCUCCGGUGAUUUGCGGCGGUGGCGUCGUACUCUUGAUGAGCAGAUCCCUGUCCUCUCCGAGGAACGCUGGGUGCAGGAAGCUGAGUCGAUCAUCUGCCAGGCAGAGUACGAACGACUGGCAAAGGAUCCUCUUGAUCGUGACAUCCUCGCCAUGUCUAUGGAGCUGCUGGAGCAAAGCGAAGCCCAGGGCACGACGCCGGGCUGGUCGCUGCCAUGCGAUGCCGGGAUCGGGGCAACAGCUCCCAUGCCAGUCAAACCACAGCAUGACCAUGGGCGCCGAACGACCCUGCGUCAGAUUGCCCGAAGCGCCUCGCGACUACUUGGGUCAUCCCCUAGUGAUGUUUCGCGCCGCUUCUCUCGAUCGCGUUGGUAUUCUAGCUCGGUUGGCGAAGAGGACUCGAGCAGCUCUGAAAGCUCGGAUGAUGGCAUCAGUGUGGAUUCGGGCAUCCCACGCACCGCCCCCGUCUAGCCGGGGCGGUGUUUGUGCAAGAAGCUGGUCGGGGAGCUCCAAGGAUGCCGAGCAUCUUGUGUCAACUUGACAAUCUUGCCAUACGUGUAUAGGUCUAUUUUCCUCCAUGCGUCUGUUUUCAUUGUAAUUGACGCCGACUUGAG